AUGGCGUCGAAAAGACUGUUCUCUAUUUUCAAUCGCAACAUGCAAUGGGCUUCUUCUCUUAGUGAUCUUCGAUACUGGCCAUUGACAGUUGCGAGCUGGAUACCCGCCAUAAUCUUCUUCAACGACCAUGUUGGAGACGUAACAUGGAUCACAGGGAGCUCGAUGUACCCAUUCCUAAACUCGAAUUACAACAACGAUCUCAAGAAAGACUGCGUUUGGAACAGCAAAUGGAGCCCGAUAUCGAAUUUGAAGAGAGGGAUGAUUGUCUCUUUCCAUAGCCCUAUGCAUCCCGAAGUCACAGUGGUGAAGAGAGUCAUCGCUCUCGAAGGAGAUAUUGUCUAUACCAGAGCGCCGUGUCCUGUACCGACUGUCCAAGUGCCCGUCAACCAUGUUUGGGUGGAGGGAGACAACAGAGAUGCAAACAAGACGCUCGAUAGUAAUACUUACGGCCCGAUUCCGUUGAAUCUUAUACAAGGGAAGAUUACACAUGUUCUGUGGCCGCUGAAGAGCUUUGGACCUAUACGCGCGGAGGAGUUCAAGGGGAGAACGAAGGUCAUUCGAGGCAGGAGGGAAACAGCACCAGGCUGGGACUGA